ACAGAGACGCAGCGUCCAGUCCAGUUCAGUGCAGCACAGGUGUAAUCAUGGUGCAGCUGUACUGUUGGGGAGACGGCUCCAGUGGACAGUUCGCAUCUCAUAAAGCCCUCAGUCCGGUUUCCUGGACCGUCCCCGGGGUCAUCACCGACAUCAGCUGCGGAGAGCAGCACACUUUAGUCCUCACCAAGGAUGGAGGAGUUUUAUCCUGUGGUCUCAACUCUCAGGGACGACUAGGACGAAAGAAAAGUAAAGAUUCAAAGACCCCAGGUCGUGUGGAGGGUCUGGGGAAUGUAGUGUCGGUGGCUUGUGGUCGGGAUCACAGUCUGGCUUUGUGUGUAUCUGGACAUGUGUUCUGCUGGGGUGCCAAAGAAGACGGACAGCUUGGCAUGUUACCCAAUCAGCAGAGCAUCAGUCAUAGACCAAGUCGGGUGCAUCCAAUGCCAAUACCAGUGACUCAGGUGGCUUGUGGAAACGUCCACUCUCUGGCUCUGACUAAAGGAGGAGAUGUCUUCACAUGGGGUCGUAACAGCCAUGGUCAGCUGGGCCUGGGGAAGGCCGUGCCACUACAGUACACACCUGUCUUGGUGACAGCUCUAACCGGAGUAGCAGUGACUCAGAUUUCAGCCGGAGUGACUCACUCUUUCUUCCUCACGCUGCCCGGCCUGGUGUACUGCUGUGGGGCCAACAAGUCAGGCCAGCUGGGACUCAACAGGGUGGAUGAGAAGGGCAGGUUCAACAUCUGUGUGGUACCUGCCCUCAGACCUCUGGAUGUCUCCUUUAUCAGCUGUGGAGAGGCACACUCUGCUGUGUUAACAAAGGAUGGCAAAGUUUUCACCUUUGGAGAAGGAAGCAACGGUCAGCUCGGUCAUAACUCCACUGACAAUGAAAAGGCACCCAGAUUGGUCGAUGGUCUGGACGGGUCUGCCUCCCAGAUUGCAUGUGGCAGACGUCACACUCUGGUGUUGGGCUCCUCUGGCCAACUGUGGGCUUUUGGUCAUGGGGCAAAAGGUCAAGUUGGGACUGGAUGUACAGAAGAUAGUCUGACGCCCACUCAAGUACAACUUCCAUGCAACAAUGACAAUGAAGCAGCCAAAGUCAAAGAUCUGAAAAUAUCAACCGGUUGGAACACAAACUUUGCUUUCUCGUCACCCACACAGGGCUUGGACAGAGGACAGAUAAUAGGACGGCUUGAUGAGACAAAACUACAAAAAUGGUUGUCUGUAAAUCCAGGCAACCCAGAGGCAAAGAGCGAAAUCUGUUCAAUGUUUUUUACAAGUUCCAGUCUUGUUGCCAGUUUCACAAAGGCAAAUGGGUCUCUCAAAAAAGCAGGGGACCUAACAGUGGACCUUGAGGCAGCCAGCAGGGCUUUCGACCGGCUUCUGGCAGUACCAUGGAUCAAAGAAACAGUAACCCUUACACUCCUGAUGGACCUACUUUUGGCUUCGAUAAAAGACAUGAAAUCCCUGGAGAUCUUCAUGGUUCUGCUGACAUGUCCUCUUCUCCGAGAGGACUCUGCUGUCAUGAACACCGUGUUGCCUUUGGCUAUCAUGAUCGCAGACCUGAGUGGGAAGAAUCAGGAAACACUAAAGAGCUUGUGGUCUUCCCUGACACCGACCCUACUUACAAAGCACAUCUUGGUGUUCAAAAACGCCCUGGCCUUCCUGCUCAAAAACGGUCUUUUGGCAACUCACAACCCAGGAGUCAGAUUCCUGCUGGAGGCCCUCAAGCUGCUCUACAGAGCAAACAAAACUGGUAAGUCCUACAAAGUCCCACUGAACUCCUUUUACGUCGAUGAAAUCAACGGUAAUGUGGACCCCUAUGCUGAUGUCGCUCUUUGGGCCUCUUUUUCUAGAGUGGAGCAUGACGACAUUCCAGUCAUUUUCUGCCGCUACCCGUUCGUGUUCACUCUGGUUCAAAAGGUGGCAGUCUUUAACAUCUAUGCUACUUUAAAAAAGAAGGCGCCACAAGUAAUGUAUGAAAUGGCCGUGAGGAUGCAUGCUGAAUCGCUCAAAAGUCCCAUAGACCUCACAACAGCCCCGUACCUCCAGCUCACUUUGAGACGCACUCAUCUGGUGGAGGACACCUUCAGACACCUCGCUGCAGCGGACCACAGCGCCUUCCACUUGGAGCUUCUGGUGCAGUUCAAGGAUGACAGGAAGUUGAUGAACGUCAACAAAAAUGACCUCUUCCUGCAGGUGUUCGGAUUGAUUGCCCCCGAGUCUGAAAUGUUCAUGUACAAUGACAGCAAUACUCUGCUCUGGUUCCCAUCCCAGCCAAAAAAGGAUAAGAAGACUUACUUCCUCUUUGGCGUCCUGUGUGGGCUGGCUCUCUACAACAGCAACAUCAUCCACCUCCCUUUUCCCCUGGUUCUCUUUAAGAAGCUGCUUGGGUUCAAACCCUCGCUGGAUGACAUGAAGGAGUUCGACCCUGUGAUGGGAGAGUCUUUGCGAUGCAUGCUGGAUGACUACACUCCUGAUAAAGUGGAAGGCCUGGAUACAACCUUUGUUGUGACAUGGGAUGGUGAGGAAGUUGACCUCGAUCCGACAACUCCUGGGAAACCCGUCACAGCAUCAAACAAAAAAGAAUUUGCGAACACCUUUGUUGAUUAUGCCUUCAACAAAUCAGUGGAGGCGGUGUUUGAAGAGUUCAAGAGGGGCUUCCUCAAAGUGUGCGAGUACGACAUAGUGAACUUUUUCCAGCCGGAGGAGCUGCAGGCCGUGAUGGUGGGCCAAGAAAACUACGACUGGGAUGUGUUCAAGCAGAACACGAUGUAUGAAGGAGACUACCAUGCUGACCAUCCAAACAUUGUUAUCUUCUGGGAGGUGUUUGACGAACUGACAGCCGAGGAAAAGAAGAAAUUCCUCUUGUUCCUCACCGGCUGUGACCGCGUCCCCUUCCUGGGAAUGGAGAGCAUCAGGAUGAAAGUUGCUGUCCUUCCUGAUUCCAAUGAGACCCAUCGGCCAGAGUCCCUCACCUGUCAUACUCUGCUUCUACUGCCCCUCUACCAGAGGUACCCGGUCGAGGAGACGAUGCAUAACAUGCUCCUGCAGGCUAUUCACCACAACAAAGGCUUCUGGAAAGAAGACACUCCAAAAUAAAGUUAUGAAAGCUCCUUUCAUAAGAUUGCAAAUUUUAAAGGAAGAAUAUACAAUUUUCAGCAGAUAGCUAGAUAGAUAUACUUCAUUGUCCCCAACAUGAAACCAAAACAACUCGCGUUGCAUUGUUGUGUUAGCAUGCUAAUGCUAGCUUUAUUUUGCUCGUAUCUUCUUACUGAUUGUAAAUUUGCACAAAAUGACCUUGAUCUAGAAACAUUUGAGUACAGUAUGAUAUUCUUCUUUUCUCUAGUCCCUCAAUUAAACAACUUUUAUAGGCAAGGGGAUGAGUUGGCCGGCCGUCUCGUCCAUGUUAACAAGCUAUAGAUACAGCUCGGUGUCAUACUCAUUGUAGACAGUCAUGACUCACAGAGUUAUUUUCAGAGGAUAUACUUGAUUGCUGCUAUAUUUAAGUGUGAAAAAUCGCAUAUUCUUCCUUUAACUGCACAGUCGACAACCUACCAAAAGCAACUUUAUUUCUCUUUUGAAUGCUAAAUAAAUAUCAUAAUACUAAGUUCAAAUAUUACACUUCAGAGGAGUUCAUCAGAAUCACGUUGUCACUUGUUCAAUUUUAGAUGUAAAUAACAAAUAUGACAUCCCUGCUUCAUUUCUGCUUUCGCUAUUUCUAUGGAGUAAAAGGACCGAACCCCCUCUUUAUUUAACUUUCUAAGUAUUUAGAACUCUUUCUAUUUUUAUUACAAAAGCUUAAAACAUAAUGUAGUGACUAUCUAAUGUCUAAAUUUCUUAUCUUGACUUUAGUCACUUGCAUAGGUGUAUGGAAAGUUCUUGACGCAUAAAAAAUAAAAUGUCCAAAAUUAAAGUACUUUCUGAUGUUCCAGUUUAUUGUCACAUAUGAAGCAGAGACAAACCGUGAUGAUGAUAUGAUGAGUUGUUAUUUCUGAGGUUUUACUGUUGUCGUUCUUUUGUUAUGUUAAAUAGCUUACGUGUGUUAUCCUGUGUUACGUUGUGUUACGGUAAGAACUGUAUGUUCCCACCACCUAUGCCCCCGUUUCCUGUUCACCUGUGACAUCUAUACACUAAACCAACCACCUGACCAAUUUACCCAAAUGAUCAAUUAUCACCACCUAGUGUCCAAAUUGAGUACAUAAACAUAUAAACUAAAGCCAUUGAAAUAAAACACAUAAAUACACACACACUAAAUUGGCUCCUACACAUGAGCAUAUAUUUUAAUAGUGUCAUAAAGAAAAUAUACAGUGCUUAACACAUGUAUUAGAUCACCUAUUAAGCCACAGCUGCCCUAAAUUAACAGCAUUGGUAAUUACUAAAAUCAUUGUUGUUCUGUAAUGGUUAAUACAUCAGUAUCUAGAAGCUCUUUAACCAAAACGAUAUUUUUAAUGCUAAAAUAACAUUAUUAUUGAAUUUUCAAAUUUACUGUUUUACAAAAAAAAAGUGAAGCACAUGAUUAUUUCUUGAUUAAGAUGUGAAAUUAUAGUUAUUUACUUGCAUUCCUAAACAGAAAAAUGUGUUUUAGUGGUUGAAUGUUAUGCUUGAUUAAUUGAGAAGCCAGUGAGCCGGCUCCAAUUUGGGUAUAAAAAGGGGAAUUCAGUUUGAAAUUGGGUACAUAUACCAACAAGACAAUGACCCGAAGCAUACGUCAAAGCAGUGCAGAGACUAUUUGACCAAGAAAAAGGAAUCUGGAGGACUGGAAAUGAAGGACUGGCCAUGUCAAAGUCCGGAUUUAAAUCCAAUUGAAAAAAAUUAGGAUUUCGUUAAUUCAAAGAUUGAUCGCACAAAAGUUUAAUCUAAAGCAAGUCUGUGGGAACAGUUAUUAACUAUUAACUAUUUGGAACUCAAUGACAAAAGAGACUGUCGUAGUACAUAAAAACGAGGCCAGCAAGAAUGCAAGCUUUUACCAAGGCCAAAGUAGGCCAUACAAAAUAUAUACUUUUUUUGGUUAUGUGUGAAAAAAUGACUUUUUAGUCGUGUCAGUUUAUUUGCCAAAUAAAUAAAAAAAAUUGUUUUUGAUUUCUAAAAUAUUUACAGUAUGUUUUCUCGUUUUUAUGACAGGUGGUCUAAUAAAUUUGUUAAGCACUGUAUGUUAUACGAAAUGUCAUAUAUUAUGCUCUUUGUAACUUACAAAACCUACUGAAUAAAAGCUUUUCUUUGCUAUUA